AUGGUUCUGGACCUUCAUAACGGAUUUCGUAGAACACUCGCAGACGGGAAACAGGAGGGCAAAGGCGGAGCCUCUCUGGUUGCUGCUGCAGACAUGAAUGAACUCGUAUGUCAAAUUUAUGCGAUCUUAUUCACUACCCACGGAUCUCCCUCACUAGAGGGAUCACAGCCGGUGGAUUCAGGGGAUGGACUCCCUGUUUCUGCUGAGCCAGGACUAACUCAUGACAUCCUUGUAUCCCGCACGUCGGUCCGCCCAAAAGCCUGCAAUCAAGUGGAUGCGAGGUGCAAUGGAAGCGUUUUGGGGUCCCCUCCAACAAAUAAGCUCCACAUGUCCACUCCGGGAGAACGGAAGUUCUCCCAGAAACUCAUGGGACUAGAGUCUUGCAACCUGCCCCAGGGAGGAAAGCCUGGUACGGUAGCGCCAGGUAGGACGGGGUUGCAGGAGUCAUGUAGGCUACCGAAACGGAAAAGAACUAGGAUGGCCAUCUGUACCUAUAACGCACGUACGCUUGCAUCGGAAGCGGCCAUCGAAGAUCUGAUGAUGCAAGCCAAGAAGAUCAAGUAUGACGAAUAUGCGACAGUAGAGGUGUUGGUGGAGUUUUUCGUCCUCGUCAACACGAGUAUGGCAAAGAACAUCGACUCUUUUGAACAACUUGCGACCCGAAUCGGACGUCUGCGGAUGAGAAGAUGUGGCCCAACACCAGCUUUGACUAUCUUCGUCGCUUACGCUCCAACAUCAAGCUACGAAGAAGAAGAAGUCGAAGCUUUCUAUAUGGACCGAGGAGACCAUGCCUUCUACAAGGUCAUUAUUGGCGAUUUCAACGCCAAGGUUGUCCCAAGAAGAACGCCGGAGGAACUUCACAUUGGGACCCACGGCCUACAAUGGAAUGACCAGGGGGAGAGGCACUCCGAGUUCAUCAUGACGACUAAGACCAUCCAUGGGAACUCGCAAUUCCAGAAGCCCUCCUCUCUACGUUGGACGUGGGAGUCACCCGGUAGAGGGUACCGUAAAAGGUUCUGCCUGACGGACGUCGGUGUUGUACCAAAGUUCUAUACGGGAUCCAAGUUCAGAGAGAGAAAUCCCAGGACUACCAUCAACUGGGAUCUCUUCGCUACGCUAGCCGGCUUUUGGGAAGAUUCCGCAAUGGACAACAUCGACGAGGAAUAUGACCGGCUUGUUGAACACCUUCACGACUGUGCGAAGAAGGCUGAGAGUUUUAAAACCACCAAGAGGCGCCUGUCUCUUGAAAUUCUUGAGCUGAUACGCCAGCGUGGAGCAGCACGAGCCGCAGGGAACCAAGAACUCACGUCCGAGUUUGCAAGGCUUUGCAGAGAGGCGUCAAAGGAAGACCUUAAAGAGAGAAGAGCAGAAGUGCUGGCUGAAGCUGCAGAGGCGAGGAGAAACAUCCGCUACGCCCGUCGAGACUUCGCCAGUCGCAAGGCGAGGACAAGUGCUCUCCAGAACCGUAAGGGAACCACCAUUGCAUCCAUCCAGAAGGGAAAUGGACAGCCAUGCGAGCAAGCAGGGUUUCGAAAAGGAUUCAGCACGAUUGACCACAUUCACACUGUUUCGAAACUCAUCGAGGUAUCACGAGAGUACAAGAUGCCGCUCUGUCUCACCUUCAUCGACUUGAAAAAGGCCUUCGACUCAGUUGAGACGGAAGCUGUCAUGAAAGCCUUGGACAACCAAGACAUCCCUACUCAGUACAUAAAGGUACUUCGAGAGUUGUACAGUAACUUCACGACCGGAAUUUCGCCAUUCUACAAGAACAUCAUCAUUGACAUGAAGAGGGGGGUCUGA